UGGCGCGAGGCCGCAAGAUGGCGGCGCCCAGGCGCGGCGUGGCCGGCGCGGGGAUGAAGCGGCCGGCGGGCGCCCGCGGGAAGCUGGCCCGGCUGCGGCAUUCCGUGCAGGAGUUCGUGCAGGCGGCCGGCGGCCAGCCGACCCUGCCCCCGCUGAAAGACUCUGGGAGGUUGGAUCGUAGGAGCCGCCGCGAGGCGAGGAAGGAGAAGCGCAAGCUCAAACGGAGCCGACGACGGCGCCUCCAACGCGGGGAGCCGGUGGGAGUCCCCGACAGCCUGGCCAGUGCGGCUCCGGCCAAGGCGGCUCCGGCCAACCUGCCUCCGGCCAAGGCGCCUCCGUCUAAGCCGCCCUCGGCCAAGGCGGCUCCAUCUAAGCUGCCCUCGGCCAGGGCGGCCCGAGCCUCGGGCUCGCCCGUCCCCGCGGCCGGGAACCAUCGGCCGGGGCCGGCACCGACCCCCGGCAAAGGCCCCGCCGCCGUCUCGCCGCGUAAGCGAGCGCUGCUGGAGGCGAACGAGGAGGAGGAGAGGGAGAUCCGGCGGCUGGAGCGGCGGUUGGGACUGGGCAAGCGCCGCAAGAAGCAGGACAGGGGCGAGGAGGAGAAGGUGCCGCAGAGCUUCCUGCGGGACGGGCUGGGCUACGUGCUGGGAGCGCUGGGCUCCCGCGCCGGGCUGAGCCGACUCUGCCUCAGCAGCGACGAGGAGGAGGAGGCGCCGGAGCAGCAGGGGGACACCGCUUCAGUGCCCCCCGAGAGCGACGGGGACGGACAGUGGGACAGCGAGGAAGGCGGGGAGGCUGAGGACGGCGAGCCCGAGGAGGAGGAGAAGGAUGGAGAGGAGGAGGAUGGAGAGGAGGAGGAUGGAGAGGAGGAGGAUGGAGAGGAGGAGGAUGGAGAGGAGGAGGAAAGGUGUUCGCCCCAGAGUCAUAAUCGGAGUGCUGCGAAGUAUGUUCCCCCUCAAGUAAGGAAAGCACAGGAGGCGCUAGAUGACAAGAAAAGAGAAGAACUGGGAAGACUGAAGAAAAUGGUGAAUGGUCUCAUUAAUAGGUUGAGUGAACCGAAUUUGUCCUCCAUUAGUGGACAGAUGGAAGAGCUCUACAUGGCUAACAGCAGAAAGGACAUGAAUGAAACUCUGACAGAUAUCCUCAUGAAUGCUUGUGUUACUCCAGUUGCCAUGCCUGCAAGAUUAAUGAUGGAGCAUGUCCUUUUGGUCAGCGUGCUUCAUCAUAAUGUAGGAAUUGAGGUCGGUGCUCACUUUUUGGAAGCCGUGGUGAAAAAGUUUGAUGAACUCUGCAAAAGUGAUGCUGAAGGGAAAGAAUGUGAAAAUUUGCUUGCCUUGAUUGCUCAUCUGUAUAACUUCCACGUGGUUCAUUGCCUGCUGAUUUUUGAUAUUCUGAAAAAGCUUGUUAGCAUUUUCACUGAAAAAGAGAUUGAGUUGGUUUUGUUUCUUCUUAAAAACGUGGGCUUUUCCUUAAGAAAAGAUGAUGCGUUGGCUUUGAAGGAACUGAUCACUGAAGCCCAGAGGAGAGCAAACACAGCAGAGAAGAAGCUCCAAGAUCAGACUAGGGUUCGUUUCAUGCUGGAGACUAUGUUGGCACUAAGGAAUAAUGACAUGCGUAAGAUUCCUGGUUACGAUCCUGAACCAGUUGAAAAACUCCGCAAACUGCAAAGAACACUGGUUCACAGCAGUUCUGGAAAAGAAACUCAGCUCCGAGUCUCCCUGGAAUCUCUCCUCAGUGCUGAUCAGGUUGGUCGCUGGUGGAUUGUAGGGUCAUCCUGGAGUGGAGCACCAAUGAUCAGUGAUGCAAACAGCAAGACUCAGCAAAAACUGCAUGUAGGAAAGGUGAGUUCAAAGAUAAUGGAGCUUGCUCGUAAGCAGAGAAUGAACACCGAUAUCAGGAGAAGUAUUUUUUGUGUCUUGAUGACCUGUGAAGACUUCCUCGAUGCCUUUGAAAAGCUUCUCAGACUUGGACUGAAAGAUCAACAGGAGAGAGAAAUUGUUCAUGUUACCGUUUACUGCUGCUUACAGGAGAAGACAUACAACCCCUUCUAUGCAUUUUUGGCUGACAAGUUUUGUCGAUAUGAAAGACGAUUCCAGGUGACAUUUCAGUUUAGUAUUUGGGACAAAAUCAAAGACUUGGAAAACCUGUCAGCCACUGCCGUCUCCAACUUGGUUUCACUGUUGGCUCACCUAUUAAGGGCAAAAUCCUUGCCGCUUUCAGUUCUCAAGGUAAUUGAAUUCAGUGAGUUAGAUAAACCCAAAGUCCGUUUCUUGCGACAAGUAUUAAGCACGCUGUUAAUCAAAGCAGAUGCUGAAGAAGUUAGUGACAUUUUUGUGAGGAUAUCUGACAACCCCAAACUGGGAAUACUACGGGAAGGCUUAAAACUCUUCCUUAACCACUUCUUACUGAAAAAUGCACAAGCCCAAAAAAGUGCUGAAGAAGCCAGCUUAUUAAAAGAAAGAGUCGAGCUAGCAACCAAGGCUUUGCAAGCAAAAGAACCCAAAUUGAAACUAUAGUUCUGCUUUUCUAAUAAAAAGUAUGGAAAAAUCUAGGUCUACAUGAAGAUGCAAAGCUUUGUUGUCUUUCAGACACAAAUAAUCGAGAAUGAAAAAAUCUGUGUUACUCGAAAGGAUCCCGUUUUUAUGUAAACAGUUGCUUUGCUCUACUUAGCAGUUACAGGUUUAGUUGAAGGUGAUGCCACGCCUUUCUGAAGAAAGGAGAAAUACUUUUUUCAUGUCUUUUUCUGUGUGGGUGAUUCGAGUUGAUGGUUAAUAUCUGCAGAAAGUGUUAAAUUUCUCUUCUGUGAUGCUCUGGGUCAGCAGUAGCAUUCAGCAAUGCAUAUUGUAACCUUUUGUUUAGAGUAACUGCAGAAUACUGACUGCUGUGUGUUUAAAGCAGCAGCCUUGACCAAAGGCUCUUAAUGCCCACUCCUUGUACUAUCCUAAGAAGCAGGCCACUAGAUGGCACAAUACUGGUGAGUCCGUUUUGGAAGAAAUCAGCUUUUCUUUAGUUGUUGAAGUUCUCUGCCAAUUCUGUGAAUUGUUUACCUGACUGUAGGUCAGGAAAAGAUCUUCAGUUGGACUCAAAGCUGUAGUAAAAUGACUUGAAGAUCUGACAUUUCCCAAUUAUGUUGGGUUUAGUGAAUACAGCAUAGUUUUAUCACACUUUUAGGCUGGUUUUGCAACUUUAAAAUUGGAGUUGCCAAAUCACUUAUGUUAAUGAUUUUUUUCUAAGCAUAAAGAAUAAUAUAAUUAUGAGCCUUUUAAUAAGAAAAUACCUCCUUUAAGAAUUUUUUAAAAAAUCAUGUAAAUUUCUUUCUGUAACACUCAGUGUUAAUGGUUUGUUUCUUUUGUCACCUUACCACUACACAUUAAACUGCAGUUUUACUAAGGCUUUGCUGUUUGUCAUAGCUUUGCACUGGCUGUCUUGCCAGGAAGGAUCUGACCUUAAACUGGGGGAGAUGGAGAAGUAUGUGCUGCAUCUGCAUCAUCUACCUGUGCUGGAACUGCCAGCCCUGUGGCUGUAACCAGGCUGGCCCUCUGGCGUUUGAGUCCAUCCGCAAAUGGUGCCUCCUAAUCGUAUUUGAUACCAGUCCACCUAUUCUGCUGCUUUGGAUUUGUCCCUGUUGAGAAAAUUUGCUCCCAGUAGGCAUCCUACAGAAAAUUUCCAGUUCUGCAGCAAGAGAAGCAGGCAAGAAAUUUGUUUUAUUCAUUUUUUUUUAGUCAAAGAGUUGAACGUAGAAUAUUCAGUUCAGUUGUACGAGUUGUGUUUUCAGGCAGAGGAGUGCUUCCCCCAGCAGCCAGGGAGCAGGUUUUCUCACCUUUCCUCUGCUGAGGAGCACAAAUUGUAAGGAACAAGGUGGCCUCGGAGCAGAGAGAGAGGGAGAGUUUCAAAAUCCAAGGUUUUGCCAGCACAGCAACAACUUCCACAGAAGACAUUACGGUCGAACAAAGCAAGAUGCUUUCUUCAGCCGGUUUCACACCAAUGGCAAUUUUUAAAUGUACAAAACUGGUUCUUUCCUGUCUUGCAUUCAGCUGA